AUGCAAAAUGCAUUCACUACUCUGCUUCUGAUGUUUAAGGUUGAGGGGAGGACUGUGAGAGCUCAAAUAUGGGACACUGCUGGUCAGGAACGGCAUAGAGCAAUAACCAGUGCCUACUAUAAGGGAGCCCUUGGAGCUCUUAUGGUCUACGAUGUAACUAAGCUGACAACAUUUGAAAAUGUGAACAGAUGGUUGAAGGAACUCCGGGACCAUGCAGAUUCGAGUAUCAUGAUUAUGUUGAUUAGGAACAAGACUGAUAUGGAGCAUCUGCGAGCAGUUUCUACAGGGGAUGGUCAAAGCUUUGCAGAGAAAGAAGCUCUUUCAUUCAUCGAGACAUCAGCCCUGAAUGCAACAAAUGUUGAGAAAGCUUUCCAGACCAGUCUCUCCUAA